UUUAUACAACAUAGUUUAUCGCUUUCAGUGUUACUGCUAAAGAGUUUGCUUUAAUUAUAGCCUCCUCUUGGUGGUGAUUUAGAUCAGAACCCUCUGGCAAACCAAAAACCACGGUACAAAAAAGGAAAAUAGUAUGUCUAAGGCAGCUACGUUUCAAGCAUCAAUGGAUCCGCCGGAUCACUUGGAAGAAAACCAGCUUAUAGCACGGGUUACCGCGUUGCGUGGUUCCUCACUUUUCGAAGUGACUGAUCCGGCAGGUUCAACUUUACUGGUAGAAAUGCCACCCAAAUUCAGAAAAUCGGUUUGGGUGAAACGAGGGGGUUACGUGCUAUUAGACAAGAGUGAGUUUCAAGACAAAAAAAACAAGAUUGACGGAACUAUUGUACACGUUAUUCACAGCACCAAAGUGUGGAUGAAACAGCAUUACUGGCCCCCAGAAUUUGCUGCCCGUAUCCAACCCGUUGAAGAAGACGAGAGCAGCAGUUCGGAAGAGUUCAGCGAUUAAUCGAACAGUGCUAGCAUUCCAUGAAGUGAUGUAGUAGUAAAAAAGUUCAACGGAUGCACUUUUAAAUAUUGUCAUUUUCUCAUUCAUUUUAGUUCUCAAAUUGAGGGGUGAUUUUUUAGAACGAUAGAAAAGGUUCAACAUCCUCACUGCAAAAGAUGUACUAGUAAUCUGAACAUUGAGAUUACCAAGCGUUUGCCUUAUAGCAGUCCUGUAAUACGUUAAUAAAUUGUUCUUUAACUUCAGCUUCUUUUAACUUACCUCGGGAUAGUAAGCAAUUACAAUUGAUCUGUCAUCAAAACGGAGACCGGACAUGUGUUGAAGAGCGUUCGCAGCAUCCUUAAUGGAGCCAAAGCGCACAAAAGUCACGCCAACACCUGGAGGGGCAGAAGUAUUAUCGGAAGAAGACGUUUCUCUUGGAAGUUUCAGAUCAAGUACUUGGCCAUAUUCGUUGCACUUAUUCUGCACGGAUUUUCGAAUAUCUAAAAUCGUUAGCGAUUGUAUGCAAAAAAUGGACAUACCCUCAUAAUCUUCAGUAUCUAACGUUUCAUCAGCAUCAAGAAGAUUGUGAAUUUGAAGCACACGUGUUGGUGCCGCUUCUGUGCUAGAUUUGCUGAGCUCAAUUAAAGCAGCCAUGCCGACAGACCUAGGUGAAGGAACAGGUUGUUGAAUGCCAACACAAGCAAACUGAACCAUCAGACGAGUGUCACCAAAUUCCAUAUUGUUCAGCCCUUGGACGGCGGCCGUAGCGGAUUCCGAAGAAAUGUAUUCACAGAAUGCGUAUCCCCUUGAUGUCAUAUCUGCAGAGUUUUUAGCUAAAAACAAACUCUGUAAUUCUCCGAAUGGCUUUAAUAAUUCAGAAAUUUGGUCUUCAUUCAGAUAUAGAGGCAAAGAUCCGAUGUAUACUUUGUCUGCGCUAUCGAGCACUUUUUGAUUCAGGUCAUUUUUUGGUCGCUUUUGAGCAACUUCGGAAGAAAUUUGAGGAACAAUGUAUCCUUCCAGACGGUCAAUUAAGACCGUUUCAUUUUUGAAUUUAAGUUUUCGUGCACCCCAGAUAAAUGUGGCAUCCUCCGGAGUUGCUAACUCAAUGAUAGCAUAACGUUCGGUUUUGCAAGGAUAAAUAGCGGUAACAUGUUUUGUAUCACGGUCUUUGUGGAACGAUGAUGUAGAUAUCGACUCUUCAAAAACAUUUUUUAAAUCUUCAACUUCAAAUUCAGCUGGAAGCUCUUUAACCUUCAAACGACGGGCUUGUCUACUAGCACCAGGUUGUAUAGGAGGAGGAGGUGCAAUGAUGCUGCCGGCAGUGGAACGAGCAAAGGCAGCCAAUUUCUCUGGAUCUGCUGUUGCUGAUCUUGGUGCACCUGGAAGUGGAAAUAGUCCAGACAUUUUUGCUUGAUCGGCUGUGACAUUUUCGUAACCCGGAGGCUUCAUAUCCCACAUGGAUCGCUUCCUUUUCCAUUGGUUCAAAGGUACGACGUUUUUUAAUUCUUCAAGUUCUCGUUCAAUGUUUAAAGGACGCGAUCUGUAGGAAGGACUUCUACUGCGACGACGCGAAGAGUAUCUACUUUCUCUCCGUUCAUUUCUGUCAUAACGGUCGUGUCUAUCCCGAGAAUACCGACUUUCCUUACGGUCGCGUUCAUCAUCACGGUCACGUCCGCUGCUGUAUCUUCGAUCAUCGUCUCGGUAUCUGCCUCGAUAUUCAGAAUCAUCGCGUCGUCUGCGACGUCUUUCAUCACCAUAAUCUCUUCUGCGGUCAUUGGAAUAGCUGUUAUACUCGCCAGCGGACCCAUAGUCUAAUUAAGUGUUAGAAGCGUAAAAAAAAGUAAUUGAGUAAAACUUACCGCGUGAACGAGAAGACCCUCUAUCUGAAGAGAUCCCUUUGACUAAUUAGUAAAAGAUAUCAAUACUAUUACUUACGAGAA